UGUAAGCUUGGCUACAUGGGUAUAAAUAAGCCUGAUACUCACCUGUUUUUAGGACUCACAAUUAAAACAAGGAUGUUCCGUGUCAUUACUGCCCUUGCUCUGGUCAGCGUCUGCGUGGCGUACAGUCACCACCUCGAUAACCACUGGGCCGCGUUUAAAAAAGUGCAUAAAAAAAAGUACAAUCUCAAAGAGGAGGAGAGCCGCCGGGCUAUAUUUGAAAACAAUGUGAAGCGCAUCAACGACCACAACCUUCACUAUGAUCUCGGUCUCAUUUCGUAUCGUCUAGGACUUAAUAAGUUCGCCGAUAUGACCAACGAGGAAUUCCGCCAGCAUAAGGGACUGCAAUACAACGCAACGGCCACGGUUCGCCAUGGAACGCCCCAGAACCUUGAGUCCGUUAAGCUUCCCGCCGAGGUCGACUGGAGGACGAAAGGCUACGUUACCGCUGUCAAGAAUCAAGGACAAUGCGGCUCUUGCUGGGCCUUCUCAGCCACUGGCGCUCUUGAGGGACAGCAUUUUGCUAAAACUGGCAAACUCGUCUCUCUUUCGGAGCAACAGCUUGUCGACUGUUCGGGCAUGUACGGCAAUCAGGGCUGCAACGGCGGCAUCAUGGAUCAGGCCUUCCAGUACGUCAGGGCUACUGGUGGACUAGAUACCGAGGAAAGCUAUUCGUACACCGCUAAGGAUGGUGAAUGUCGCUUCAACCAAAACUUCAUUGGAACAACUCUGCGUAAUUACGUUGACGUUACCUAUCAAGAUGAGAAAGCUCUCGAAAAGGCUGUAGCUACUGUGGGCCCGGUGUCCGUGUCUAUUGAUGCCUCCCAAGCAUCCUUCAGUUUCUACACGAGCGGUAUCUACGACGAGCCUGAUUGCUCCUCGGAAAGCCUGGACCACGGCGUCUUGGUUGUCGGCUACGGUUCCGAAGACGGAAAGGACUUCUGGAUCGUGAAGAACUCGUGGGGUAGUGACUGGGGAGAGCAGGGCUAUAUCCGUAUGUCCCGCAACAAGGAGAACCAGUGCGGUAUUGCUACCCAGGCGUCGUACCCUGUCGUAUAGUAAAAUAAUUCUUCGAAAUCUCCAAAUUAAUGAAUGGCAAUUAAACAUAUGCUAUAAUAAAAAUAAAAUACUGGCAUCAUCACUGCGUA